GCUUCAGUGUGGGCCGAGAGAGACUAGACAAAAGUCUGUACUAAAUUGGUGCCAAAAAAUCUGACUCCUGACCAAAAGCAUUUGCGUCAACGGGUCUGCUCAAAUUUACUUGAAAGGUUAUAAAAAUAUUUGCUUUGAAAGGGACCCGAUUUGGGUCGAUGUAAGCGGUAAAGCAUAAAACGGCACAGCUCUUGAAGACGCUCACCAAAGUCUCGUUAUUUAAUAGCCAGACCUCGUAUAAUAUUAAAUUGAUGCUAAUUACGGAAUGUAAAUAUAAAGAGAUAGGAAUGGGCCCAUAUAAGUAGCGUAUCUACGGUCAACAUUGACAUACACAUUAAAAACAAAAAUACAAAAAAUGGUAUUCUAUCUACUAUCGACAAUUUAUUGGAUUAAGUGAAUAUUUGUUAAUUGUCUUCGAAAAAUAUCGGAUCAAAUUAAUUUCGUAAUUCAUUUACUCAGGUGAUCAAUCGAUACAAUAAAAAUUCAGAUAUUUUAUGAAAUAUAAUUGUCUACAAUGCUAGAGCCAGAAUUGUGGGGUAAAUCAACAAACUUUCUAGCGAAUCUUCACAAGCAGCACAUGUCUCAUUUGGAAAAACUGAUAACAUGGAAGGAUAACGAAUCGAUUUUCGAAUUUGGAAUUGGUGAUGGUACCAAUACUAAACAAACAUUAUUACCAAUUUUGCCGCAAGACUAUAAAGAAUUCAUUGGAAGUGAUAUAAGUCAUGAGAUGAUUGAAUUUGUACAGAGCAAUAUGUCAGAUACAAGAAGUAAAUUCAUCAAACUGGACAUAUGUUCUAAGAACAUACCGAAUGAGUUAUUAAAUAGAUUCGAUCAUAUUUUCAGUUUUUGUGUGAUGCAUUGGUUGCAAAACACAGAGCAAGCUUUAAAAAAUCUGUACGAAAUGUUAAAACCAGGUGGUCAAAUGAUUCUAACAUACGUACAUGAAACAUCAGUGGAUGAAGUAUAUGAUUUAUUGUCUCAUCACCCCAGAUGGAGUGAAUAUAAUCAUAAAUGUUUCACUUCACCUUACUACAAACAAAAAAACAUAUGCCAAGUAUAUAAAGCUUUGUUUUCCAAAGCUGGUUUUGUGGAAAAGUAUUUCGAAGUUGAUAGUAAGAGAUCAUAUAAAUUUGAGGAUAAAAAAAUGUUUGAAGAUUUCUGCCUUAGUAUUAAUCCAGUUCUGAAGAAAAUUCCGAAAGAAGAUUACGAAGAUUACAAAGCUGAAUACAUAAAGAUGAUGACGAAUAAUAAAUAUAAUUUCACGACUGUAUGUUCAGAGACAGGAGAUAUUUGUUACAACACUUCCUUUGUGUUAAAUUUGGUUGUACUGGAGAAAGCUUGACAUAUAUAAAUAUGAAAAAGGGAUUUCGUGAUUCAAGGGACUUGGUAAUUGGAUAAAAUAAAAAAUUUAAUCAAUCACGCAAGUUGUAUUUGUUUCUUAUAUUAUAAUUGAAUAAAAAAAAUAUCGACCGACA